CCGCCACUUUUGGUUAUGGGGCUUAAUCGGCUAAAAGGGGUGGUGUAGGUGGCUAGAUUUGGGCGACAGCCGACAAGGUUGGUAAAUGGUAAUUAACGACAAGAACAAGAACCAACUGUACCAAAACACUUUGAUCCACCAAACAAAAUAAGAUUCGCUAAAUUCAUUUCUAUCUCCAGAAAACUCAUCCCACCUAACCACCAAGUAAGAUGACCAACACACCAUACCCAACACCCGUAACCCCAUCACAAACCCGAAUCGGAUGGAUAGGCACAGGCGUAAUGGGUGCAGCAAUGGCUUCCCAUAUACUUUCAGCCGGCUACACCCUUUCCAUAUACGCCAGAACUCCUUCCAAAACACAAUUUUUACAAUCACUAGGCGCCCACCUCGUUGACUCUCCAUCACAACUUGCCAAAACAAGUGACAUCAUUUUCACAAUGUUAGGACACCCAUCAGAUGUCCAGGAAAUCGUCGUUUCUAACCCGGAUUCUAUUUUAUCGUCUAUAAACCCAGGGAGUGUCAUUAUAGAUCACACUAGCAGUCACCCAAAUCUAGCUAAAGAAAUAUACAAUGCUGCACGUGAUAAAAAUUGUUAUGCAGUUGAUGCCCCUGUUUCUGGUGGUGAUAUUGGUGCUAGAGAUGGAAAACUAGCUAUAUUAGCUGGAGGCGAUGAAAACGUCGUAGAAUGGCUACACCCUUUGUUUAGUUUAAUGGGAAAAGCGACUUAUAUGGGGUCUGCAGGGUGUGGGCAGAGUUGUAAAAUUGCGAAUCAGAUUACGGUCGGUGGAAGUUUGUUGGGAUUAAGUGAAGGAUUGGUUUUUGCUGAGGCUGCAGGGCUGGAUAAGCGAAAAUGGUUGGAAGCGGUUAAAAGUGGAGCUGCGGGUUCUUUGGUUAUGGAAUUGUUUGGAGAAAGGAUGAUUGAGAGGGAUUUUAGACCUGGUGGGUUUGCCGAGUAUAUGGUUAAGGAUUUGGGAAUGGGUUUGGAUGUGGUGGAAGACGAUGGUGAUGAUAGUGCAUCGGUUUUGCCUGGAGCUGCAUUGUGUAAGCAGUUGUUUUCGGGUAUGGUUGCGAAUGGUGAUGGUAAGUUUGGGACUCAAGGGCUUAUUACUGUUGUUGAAAGGAUUAAUGGCAAAAAAUAGUGUAUGUAGCCUUUUUCACUCUUUUAUUAAGGUAUUUAUUUGAAGUAUGUUAAUAUUAAGUAAUAACUUUUAAUAUCAGUAUAUAUGCAAAGUUGUGUAUUGUAAAAUAUGUUACAAAUAAUAAAAGAAAAUAAGAAUUUGAGUUUUGUUC